UGGUCAGGGGAUCAAUUACCCAAAAAAAUGGAAAGGAAAAAGUAAUAAGCUUAUGCAAAACUCUAAUUCAAUAAUUUUUGGAUCGAAAGGGAAAAAAAUCGCGGCCUUUCUCCUCCUUAUUUCAUCAUCUUUCAACUUCUCACUCGAUUGGUUUCCACUUGAAUUUUCUCUGGUGUCUACUCUUUUGUCCGCCCAGCUGUAUUCUUUUGUCUGCAAAGCUAUGGACGAUGAUGUAUCCAAAUUAAAUCGGCGAAUGUCAAGCCGAACUCGUAAAGUUGCUUCCAAAAUGGCGGCUGCUUUGGCUAGCACUGAUAAUCGAACUCAGGCAGCUCUUGCUCGGCUUGAGGCAUUAGAAAACGAUUAUGUGGGAAUGGAGAUGGUGGAAACUAAUGACGAUGACGAGGCUUCUCAUGACGACGACGACGACGAAGUUCCGUCUCAGGUUAUUUACAAAAAAAGCAGUCAAAGAGCACAAAAAGGAAAACUCGGCAAGCAAAAGCACUCGAGAAUGCUAGGAAAGCUCCAAGAAACUUUCUUGAGCUCUUACAUGAGUUGGUCCUCCGAGCUCUUCUUGCCGCCGACAUUUCUGCACUGUUUGUGGAUUUGCUUCCAACUAUACAUGCGUUAGAUGUGGAAUGCGCUUUUGUUCAAUACGUUGCCAGAAUAUUCAUGAUGAUACUCGUUGUUUAAAGUUUGUUGCUUGACAACUGAAACUUGACUCUGCAAAUUUCCGUAGGUACAACUCAACCCUUGAAUUUCUGUAUAGGGAUGGAUCAGUUGCUUAAAUUUAUAAUAUUUGAAGCAAUGUUUUAAGUUUAGAAUCUAACCCAUUCUUUUCCUCUCUUAUGUGGAAGUCUACUAUCUGGUUAGCUUGUUUGAGUUUAUUAGAGACUAACGAUAGAGAAGAGUGAUACAAAACCCAUAACUGGUACGUGGGCGUUGUUUCAGUUUUUGUUUCUCGACUUUAUUUUCGUUCUUUGACAACUAGGAUGCUAGGAAAUGUUGCAGGCUUCUCCAUUUUAAGAGUUUGGGAAAGCUCUAAAAGAUAUACACCAUAAAUACACCUUAAUAAGCUUCACUACUUUUAUUUUGUAUAUUAGGCUUUAUAAAGUUUCUGUCUUUACUUACGGGUUUUGUUUAAUUUGUCUCCCAAAAAUGAUCAAAUAAUAAGAGAAGGGUAUGUUUUAGUUGACAAGGAUGAUUCACUGUCCUGUCAAUUUAAUGCUCUGGUUUGCUAAAAUUGGAUUUAGAGAUGCAUAAUUCAUUGAAAAGUUGCAAUCUUUAAUUUGAAAUUAUAAUUUUGCAUCUGAUGGGAGAAGGGUAUGUUUAAUUUUGCAUAUAAUUUUGCAUCUAAUUGGAUUGGUUUCCACUUGAAUUUUCUCUGGUGUCUACUCUGGUGUCUGCCCAGCUGAAUUCUUUUGUCUGCAAAGCUAUGGACGAUGAUGUAUCCAAAUUAAAUGGGCGAAUGUUCGAGCAUAUCUUUGUACCAUGUACCAGACCUUAAUCAACCCUGAUAACAGUCAGACUAUUGAGAUGUCAUUUUCUUGCAUACCCCAAUUGAUAAAUGGCAACAAACAGCAGAUUCAAGAUUAUGGAACUUGAAGAAAUUAUCAACAGUCUUAGGAGUGAUUUUGAUUUCUAGAUUUUUCAAUUUCCAUAAUUGCUGAUUUUUUUAUGCAUUAUGUUUUUAUUUAUUUAUUGUUAUUUGUAUGUUUUUUUAAAUUAAUAUAAUUAAGAGUUUUCUAAUA